ACAAGAGGCCAGAGGAGCCAAGGCAAAGAUUUACAGUACCUACUUAACUAAUACUCCCAGUGGCGCAACAGUAGUGAAAGGAGGACCUGUUUUCUCAAUCUACAACAAACAAGUGAAGAAAUAAGAGUCUGUGUUAAUGUGAUGGAUGGAAGUAACCUGAAGGAAUACCUCAGGAUCUGUUUGUCUUUUUCUGUAUUUCUGGGAUAUCAUCAGGAAAGAUGCUCUUUUGAGAGAGAAGCUGCUUUUCUACUUAACGAGUCUCUGCUGGAUUUACUUUGGUGCUGAUGUUUCACCAGUUUUGAGAUGAAGGUUCAAGAAAACAGCUUGCCAGUGCUGGAGGCUUUUACCAAACCAUAGACUGUACUGCGCGACCACAUCUGUUUAUGCUGGAGCUGUAAAAAUCAACAGUUGUGACAUGUUGACAUCUGUGAUUUCCAGGCAGCUCAUCCCAAAACCGGACUCUGUUUCCCAUUGUGAAAGGACUUCAGUUUUUCCCAAGUAAACAGGACUAGUUUUAACAACAGAAAAUGGAGCCCUAAUGUUGUAUAGGCUGUAUCACACUUCACCUGCAUUUGGGCAAUCAGAGUGGCGCCAUUUGAACGCCUCACUAAGACCCCAAAACAGUCAGGACUGUUGUGUGUGGAUUGAUGUUUCUAUGUAGUGUGUGUGAGAGUGCAGCGCAGCCUUGGAUCCAUCGUGGAACCACAGUCCGCCCGGGCGCCCAGCCUUCGGGUCGGAGACGCUCCAAACCAGCAACUACUCUCUGGUGUUACUGAUUCAGCUCAGCCUGCUCUCCUUCGACCUGUUCGUCAACUCCUUCAGCGAGCUGCUGAGGGCUGAACCGGCCGUCCAGCUGGUACUUUUCAUUAUCCAGGACAUUUCCAUCCUGUUUAACCUGAUCAUCAUUCUGUUGAUGCUGUUUAACACAUUCGUGUUCCAGGUCGGCCUGGUCGCCAUAUUGCUGGAGCGAUUUAGAGCUCUGCUAAUGCUCUCUGCUCUCUAUUUGACCUUCAGUAUCAUACUGCAUUCCUGGCUUAUGAAUCUGCGUUGGCUAAAUACCAACAGAUAUAUUUGGACAGACGGCCUUCAGGUGUUGUUUGUGUUCCAAAGAGCAGCUUCUGUGUUGUACUACUACUUGUACAAGAGGACCUCAGAGUAUCUGGGUGACCCUCGCCUCUAUGAGGAUUCGCCGUGGCUGCGAGAAGUCUUUGCUCGGGUCAGACAGUGAUCUCACUGCAACAGAGCACAUGAAGAGGCCAGAACCUGUGUAAAAAUGGCACAAUAAAAAAAAAAAAGGAAAGCAAAUAUGUUGCAAUAAAGUGUUCUUUGGAAAAUCCAUACAAUGGGAAAACAUGGCCACUUCAAUACAGUGUAUUUUAAAGGUACAGGAAAUGUAUUUCCAAUCUCAAUACCAUUUUAAAACACUCAUUUCCAAAUUUUAAAAUAAGAAAUACAUUCAGGCCUAAAAUGCUUUUUUUUGCAACACAUGCAUUACAAAUCUAUGUGACAGGAAUUGUAGCCAAAAAAUAUAAUUACACAUAACAUUUCCUUCCAAUGCAGGAAGGAUUGUGCCAAAAUCUGUUAAGGCGUUUUAGAACAACACGGUCAGAACGUCUCAUCAGGCUUGUUUUGCUGUUCAUAUGAAAAAAAUGACAUGAAAAGUGAGAUAAUGAUUUCUUUGAAUAUUCUGUUGAUACCAGUCACCACAUGCCCUUUUUAUUUUCUUUUGUUAAUGCUGUACAUUUUUUAAAAAGACUAUAUUGCAGUUGUUUUAUAUACAUUUGAGACUAUUUGUGUUGCUUUGAGUUUGUUUGUAAUGUCGAUAUUGAACUGUUUAACUUUAUUAUGGUUUGGCCAGUUACUGAUCUCCACUGUCUGUAAAAUCUGACCCAUCAUGUGCAGCUGACAUGUACAAGCUUAAAAUACAAUAAAACGUGUUUUAAAAUGUUGGUAAUUUA